AUGGGCGGAGCCGGCCGCCCCCGCGCGAGGCUCUGCCCGCCCCCCGCAUCCCACACUGCACCGCGGCAGGAAGGGGGAGCCGCGGCUUCCGGAACCUCCCCCGCCACUCCCGGCGUUCGCGGUGUCUGGAACUAUCCUGGGCCCAGACACCUGCUCCCGCUUCCCCGGGUUCGCCUUCCAGGCCUAACUCCCUGCAAGGUGAUUGUUCGGACCGGGAGGGGCGAGGGCUCUUCUAGCGUCUGGGAGGGCGAAGAUGAUGCUGGAAAUCGACUUCGGUUUCAGUUGGAGUUGGAAUUUGUGCAGUGUUUAGCCAACCCAAAUUACCUUAAUUUUCUUGCCCAAAGAGGUUACUUCAAAGACAAAGCUUUUGUUAAUUAUCUUAAGUACUUGCUUUACUGGAAAGAACCAGAAUAUGCCAAGUAUCUAAAGUCAGCCACUGGCUAGAGCAGAGGAGCAGCUGCCUCUUCUAGACAGCUUCUACCAUUUCACUAAUAGCCACGACUUGCAACUAUAAUUUAUCUUACAUCUUUUUUUCUCACCUACCUUCAGCCAUUUCUCAUGUGCCCACCUUUGGAUAUUUUCAACUUAUGCCUUAUGUUUUUCAGCCAAGAGCUAAACACAGGCCUUCAGAUGUCAGGGUACAGUGGACCAAAUAGCUUUUUUUUCUUCAUAUGGACAUUAUUCUUCUAUUUGUUCAACUUAAGUUUACAUUACCUUUUUUGGGGGGGCAGGGA